UUCUCAUUUUCCCAUCUCUCUCUUCAGUUCAAACUUCCCACAUACUCUCUCUUUCUCUUUCUCUCCGUAACCCUUCGUUUUCCUUCACCCUGAAUCGCAUCAAUUAUUUGUUGAAACGACUAGUUGAUUCUCAAAAACUGUAAAAAUCUACCCUAGAUUUGAAAAACAUGGCAGCUACUUACCUUAAAAGCAGAUUUGGAUGUUAUGAUCCUUCUUCUUCUUCUUCAGUAAGCAAUUUUGGUGAAAGAGAUGAUCAUGUAGGAGUUAUUCGGAGAUCGUCUAGCCUUAAUUUUGAGUUACAAGAAGAUCCUUCUUUCUGGAAAGAUCAUAAUGUUCAGGUUGUUAUUAGAAUACGUCCUCUUAGUAAUUUGGAAAUAUCAACCCAAGGUCUAAACAAAUGUGUUAGGCAGGAGAGUACUCAGGACAUUACUUGGACAGGGCAUCCAGAGUCUCGUUAUACAUUUGAUCUUGUUGCAGAUGAGAAUGUCACCCAGGAAAAUCUGUUCAAUGUGGCUGGAUUGCCAAUGGUGGAGAAUUGUAUGGGAGGUUACAACAGCUGCAUGUUCGCAUAUGGACAAACUGGUAGUGGUAAGACACACACCAUGAUGGGAGACAUUGAUGGAGGAACACUGAUGGGAGACAUUGUUGGAGGAACUCGACGACAUAGUGUUAAUUGUGGUAUGAUACCAAGAGUUUUUGAACACUUGUUCACAAGAAUCCAAAAGGAUAAAGAGGCUCGCAGAGAUGAAAAGCUGAGAUUUACUUGCAAGUUCUCAUAUUUGCAGAUAUACAAUGAGCAGAUUUUAGAUCUUUUAGACCCAUCCUUAGCUAAUUUACAGAUAAGAGAAAGCCCUAAGAAAGGUGUUUAUGUGGAGAAUCUGAAGGAGAUGGAAGUUACUUGUGCACGGGAUGUUAUUCAACUCCUCAUUCAGGGAAAAACCAACAGAAGGGUGGCUGCCACAAACAUGAAUGAAGCAAGUAGUCGUUCUCAUAAUGUUUUCACAUGUAUAAUUGAGAGUAAGUGGGAGGUUCAAGGUGUUGCUCACCAUCGAUUUGCACGGCUUAAUCUUGUGGAUUUGGAUGGUACAGAGAGGCAAGGGAGCUCUGGUGCUGAAGGUAAACGCCUAAAUGAAGCCACAAAUAUCAACAAGUCGCUUUCGGCCUUGGGGAACGUAAUUAUGAAACUAGUAAGCUCCAAUGGGAAGUUAGUUCAUGUCCCUUACCGUGAUUCAAAGAUCACAUUUUUGCUUCAGGACUCACUUGGUGGAAAUUCAAAAACAUCAAUAAUCGCCAAUAUAAGUCCUGCUAAUUGUAACUCAAUGGAGACUCUGGGCACAUUGAAAUUUGCACAACGUGCUAACUUUAUCAAGAACAAUGCAUCAGUGAAUGAAGUUGCAUCUAGAGAUGUGCAUACCAUGCGUAUCCAGAUUCAACAACUUGAGAAAGAGGUAAACCAAAUGGGAGGUUUGGUUAAAGGAGGAAUUGAGAACCAGGAAGUUGAUUUUCCUAGUGUCUCCUUUCCGGGAUCUCCAGGCUCCUUUAAGUGGGAAGGAUUGGAGGGAUCAUUUAGCCCACUAGCGUGUGAUAGAAAGAAGCCUCAGUUUGAAGCUGCACUGGUUGGGGCCUUCAGGAGGGAAAAAGAGAAACAAAUAGCAAUGCAGUCACUGGUUGCUGAAAAUCAGGCAGCAAUGCAAUUGGCCAAACGAAGAGAAGACGAGAUAAUGAAUCUGAAAAUGCGGCUUCGGUUUCGUGAGGCCGGAAUCCAAAGAUUGGAGGCAGUUGCAUCUGGGAAGAUGUCAGCUGAGGUGCAUCUCUUACAGGAAAAGGAGGAAUAUCUGAAAGAGAUAGAGGUUCUCCAUAACCAGGUGGAUAGGAACCUUGAAGUGACUAGAUUUGCGAUGGAAAAUCUUCGUUUGAAAGAAGAAGUUAGAAGAUUAAAGAGUUUUUCUGAGGAGGGAGAGCGCGAGACGAUGAGUGAACAAAUCAUGAUACUACAGAAUAAGAAAGGAAAUUCUAGUCUGGCCAGCUUUGAAGAUAGUUUGCUGACUUCUAGUCAAGAUCCCACAUCAUCUUGGGGUUCUUCCAUGAGUGAUGAGAAUGAAUUCCUUCGUAUUCAGGCUAUACAAAACCAGUGCGAAGUUGAAACACUGCACAAGAAACUAGAUUCCUGCCUUGAAGAAAAAGAAAAUUUGCAGAGGCAGAUUGAUGAUUUAGUAAGAGACCUAAAGAAGAACUAGUAAUAUGGAGGAAGAAGCAAGUAUAAAAGAUUCAGGAACGACUAGAAAGAUAUCCCACCUUGAGUGGCAAUCACAUGAAAUUAUCUUGUUGAAGACGCUUGUUAAAGAGAUGAUGAAGGAUGGUAAGACACCCUGGAAAAAAAAUUUGGCAAGAGGGGGGUUUCAGGCAGGUCGGAAUCCCAAACAGUUAAAAAGUAAAUGGGAGAGACUCAAAAGAGCUCAAAAGAGUAUCGGUACCAGAAUUCGAAGUUUAAAGAAGAAGCAUAAAGGGAGGGUAAAGAUAUAAAAGAAGACCUUUAGGUGGUUUGAUUAAUAAAGCCUGGUUUAGAGACCCUACUUGCUCCGAAGUAAUCAGGUCUGAAUGGAAAUGCAAUGUCUCUGGUUAUAAUGCUUUUAUUCUUGCUAAUUGUCUUCACUCUACAAAAUACAUUAUUAGAAAUUGGAAUUACCAUCAUUUUGGUAAGGGUGUUCCUUUAUAUACCCCACAGAAACACUAAUAAUACCCCCAUUUGUUAGUUAUGUUAGUUGUAAAUCUGUUUGGAUUAAAUUCCUAAAAUUAUUUGAAAUUGUUUAUAUUUA